AUGGCAGAGUUGAGGGCUGAGCCGCAACACGGUAAUAUGUGGCCCAACUAUGGAAAUCCGGCAGUCCAGAUGGCCGGCCGGUUUAACCCGCAAGACCCGUCGGGAUCAGUCCCACCACCGGCCGCGCCGUCGCAUCUGGUGCGUCCCAGGAGCCACACGAUGGACUACCCACCACCGUACCAGCCAGGACGGCCCGGGCCCGAGGAGGGCGACUCGUACGACCGAUACGCGCAGCCGCACCCGCAGCAGCAGCACCCCCACCCGUCGAUGAGCAUUCCCAGCAUCAACAGCCUCAAGCGGCCGUACUCGCAGGUCGACCAAGCACCGUACACGGAGAUGGUGCAGGACCUGCGGGACGACUACAAGCCCCCAAACCACGACCAGAAGCUGCUGUCAUUCAAGAAGGUGGGCGAUAAGCACACCAUCGUGGACGGCAAGGGGCGCAUGCACGAGAUGGAAAUCGACGCGCAGCUGCACGGCAUGUUCUUCCUGUCCGAGUUCCCGACGACCCCAGGCGACGGCAACGUGCUCAACGCCGAGUUGACAUGCUACCGGCGCAACCUGUUCCAGAUCAGCGGCAGCCUGUGCUUCCCGCAGAUCCCGUUGUCGGUGCUGCUCGAUUCGGGCGAGACGAGCCAGAUCAAGAACAUGGAGGUCAGCAUCUCGGCCAUUGAGUCGGUCGACGGACACCCCGUGCGCCUGAUUGUGAUCCCGUGGAAGACCCCGCCGCCGAACUCGCCCGAGGCGAACCAGGCGCCGGACCAGGAGCCGCCGACGCUGCCGCUGAUUCCGCCGUCGGAUGAGGAGGAGGAGACGGGAGGUGACCACUAUGCGAUUUAUCCCAUUGGGUGGCGCCGGUUGCAGUUCAGGAUAGCAACGGCAAACAACGGCAGGAGAAAGGAACUGCAGCAACACUUUGUCCUGCACCUGAAGCUACACGGGACACUAGCCAACGGACAGAAGUUGGUACUCUCGGAGAUGACCACGGCGCCCAUCGUGGUGCGCGGACGGAGUCCCCGCAACUUCCAGGCGCGCAAGGAGAUUCCCCUGCUCGGGUCGAGCGCCGGGUCGCGCGGCCAGACACUAGUCGAAACCGGCCAUGGCAUCGUCGCGCAGGCCGUGAUCCUCAACAAGCCUCCAUACGACUCGCGCCCGCGCCUGUCGAGCCUGGACGUGCCGCGCUCGGCUUUUACGUUUACCGCGGCGAAGCAGAUUCCGCAGAGCCCGAUGCAGCAGAUGCGGUCCAACUCAUACCCCACAACAUGGAACCCGCCAUCACAGGUCUCGAUGCCGCAUGCCCCCGCAUCCGCCACGUACCCAUCCUCCUCGAUGGCCUCCGACCCAUACCCGAAGAUGCCCCUCUCGGGCGCCGCAGGCUUCACGGCCGAGCCGCAAGAGAUGCCCAUGCAGCCAACGUCGAUGGGCCCCUCGGUGCCUCUCCCGCUCUCAGCCUCGCACGACCCGCACCAGCAACACCACGCGCACCACCACGCCCAUCAACAACCACCGCCUCAGCCCCCGCUCCGCACCCAGUUCAACAGCUACACCUCCGGCCCGCCGCACCACCUCUCGCUCUCUUCCACCACAAACGCCACCUCCCCCGACAACUCGCUCGCCGUGCCCCGCUACAUCGGCGACACCAACCCGCGCCCGUCCAAAUCCCCGCGCCACGCGAGCCACCAGUCCGUGACCUCGGCCCUCACCAACGAGACCGCCUCGGGCGAGUACCGCUAUGGGCCCGCACCCACGCACCAGACCGCGCCCACCAGCUACCCCGCGCCCGACUCCCACAGCCCACAGAACGCACACCACCCGGCUCUCCCUCCACCGCCUACCCAGGGCGCUGGGUCUACCGGCCAAUCGCAGGGACAGCCACAACAGCAAGCACCAGGUGGCCCCUACAGCCACGAUACUGGGGCGCCACAAGCGCCUGGAGCAGGACCCGCCGGUCCAUCUGCUGCUUCUGCUUCGCAACAACAGCAGCAGCAGCAGCAACACUCGGCCCCGCCAAGGGAUUACUACCCCGGCUCGCAGGCCUGGACCACCACAGCCGGCGCGCCCAGCGCCGGCAGCGGUGCCGAGGGUCCCGUUGGUGGAGCCGACCGGCCGUACGGAUACCCGGCCGCGACGGGCGGUGCAGCUGGCGGUUCGCACCACGGUGGUCAUGGGCACGCUGGGUUGAAGGCGGAGCCUCACAGUGCGCAUGCAGCUGCAGGGCCGGCGGGAGCAGGGCCUCAGGGAGGAUAUGCUUAUGCUUGGAAUGCGGCGUAA